UUUUGAUUCUUAGUUUACACAAAAAAGGAACUGCAGAGCUAAUAAAAAAAGAAAGAAAGAAAAAAACAGUAACGCAGAACGCGGACUCUGCGAAUCAUUGUCAGAUAAGUGGAGUGAAGCAUUCUUUGCUCUUUGAGUUGUGCGUUGAAAGGGUAAGGAAAGAAAAGAGAAAUCAGUCAUGGCUGGUUCAACGUCUGAGCAGCCUCAGUUCAUUUCAAGCACUGGAAAUGGAAGUUUCUCCAACGCGCCGUUGAUAGAAAAUCCAGAUUCUGAUAGGAUUGUAGUGCCAGAUAAGACAAGCUGGAAAAACUUAUUUGCAUAUAUGGGUCCUGGGUUUCUUGUUUCUAUUGCAUAUAUUGAUCCUGGAAAUUUUGAGACUGAUCUACAGUCGGGAGCCCAAUACAAGUAUGAGUUACUCUGGAUCAUAUUAGUUGCUUCGUGUGCUGCACUUAUAAUUCAAUCCAUUGCUGCCAAACUUGGGGUUGUCACAGGGAAGCAUUUGGCAGAGCACUGCAGGGACGAAUAUCCUAAAGUGCCGAAUUUCAUCUUGUGGAUUCUUGCUGAAAUUGCUGUAGUUGCGUGCGACAUUCCUGAAGUGAUUGGAACUGCCUUUGCACUGAACAUGCUCUUCAACAUUCCAGUAUGGAUCGGUGUUCUCUUGACUGGGCUUAGUACCUUGAUGCUCCUCGCAUUACAACAAUAUGGGGUGAGGAAGCUUGAAUUCUUGAUUGCUUUUCUUGUACUUACAAUUGCUGUAUGCUUUUUUGCGGAGCUUGGAUAUGCAAAGCCUGAUGCUGCAGAAGUUCUGAAAGGACUUUUUGUCCCCCAACUCAAAGGACAUGGUGCGGCUGGUCUUGCCAUCUCACUACUUGGAGCUAUGGUCAUGCCGCAUAAUCUUUUCCUUCACUCAGCAUUGGUUCUGUCAAGAAAAAUCCCUCGAUCUAUGCGUGGGAUUAAGGAAGCAUGCAGAUUUUACACGAUAGAAAGUGCCUUCGCUCUUUUGAUAGCCUUUCUCAUUAAUGUAUCAGUUAUUUCAGUAAGUGGUGCAGUUUGCAACUCUUCAAUGCUGAGUGCAGACGAUCAGGCUAGCUGCAAGGACUUGAACUUGAACAAGGCCUCGUUUUUACUUGAAAAUGUCUUAGGUAGUUGGAGUUCGAAACUUUUUGCAGUUGCUCUCUUGGCAUCUGGUCAGAGUUCAACAAUAACAGGAACUUAUGCAGGGCAAUACGUUAUGCAGGGUUUUCUUGACUUAAGGCUGAGGCCAUGGAUUCGCAACCUUCUAACUCGGAGCUUGGCAAUAGUCCCAAGUUUAAUUGUCGCAAUUAUUGGUGGCUCUGCUGGGGCUGGACAACUUAUUAUCAUUGCAUCGAUGAUACUCUCAUUUGAGCUCCCUUUUGUUCUCAUUCCACUUCUCAAGUUCACCAGCAGCGAGGCCAAGAUGGGAGCAUAUGCCAACUCCAUUGUGAUUUCAACUGUCACCUGGAUCAUCGGUUCACUAAUCAUGGCUAUUAACAUAUAUUACCUUGCAUCCGGCUUCAUAAAAUAUCUUUUCCACGGGCAUUUGAAGAUUGUUUCCGCCGUGUUCUUGGGAAUGUUUGGAUUUCUGGGAAUGGCAUUGUAUUUAGCUGGAAUUGCGUACCUGGUCUUGCGAAGAAACAAGGAGACUUCAAACCUUCUGGCACUAACAGCACCCGAAAGCCGUCAGAUGGCUCACGAGUCCAGGAAUGAAGCAGUGUAUAGUCUUCCUAGAGAGGACAUAGUAAGCAUGCAGCUGCCACAAAGGACUUCUGCAGAAGAUAUGUGAUCAACUGGUGGAUGGUGGCUAGGGCAGGUUUAUUAGGAAGGCAGAGUUCCUAGAGGCCUUUUGCUUAGCUUCCAUUUUAGAAAAUACCAGGCCCUUAGAAGAUCAUACAUACAAUUCCCACAUUUGCAUUAUCUUUCUAAAGAACAACUAAAGCACACCCCAUAAGCUUUUAAUCCUUCAGAAGGAUUUGAUUGCUGAUCAAUUUUUGUUGUCUUCAAAGUUUGCAGCUUUAAGUUCUCAAUUUGAUUAUGGUA